AUGACGAACCGGACCGCUCCGCUUCCUGUUUGGCUUCUGGACCGGAGCGGGACGGAGAGACGCGCGCGCUGCCUGGUCCGGACGGGACCCGACGGGACCGUGGGUCCAGCUGCGUGUUUCCUGUUGAUCCACGCAGGGAAGAGACGCGAACAGGGCCGGGUGGAGGAGUUAGAGCCGCCGGCUGAGCCGGUCCUGAAGACGGCCAGUGGAGAUGGUUCCGACCCGCUGUCCGCGCUCCUGCUGCGGCUGGCGGCCGCUGUGAUCACCGUCUGCAGCGAUGUAGUCAGCCUCUUCAUCUGCGUCCUCCUCAUCCUCAGCGACCCGUCCCACCUGAAGAUGAUCCUGCUGCGCCGGUUCCGAGUCCUCAUCCUCACCGUCUUCCUGGUGGCCUGCUCCAUGCACAUCAUGGUGGACCUGCUGCCCAAGCUGGAGCGCCAGGGCGCCGGCUGCUCCUGCUCGCACGGCCCGGCCCCGGCUCCGGAGCGCGGCUGGGCCGAACCGGGCUGGCCCGACAAGCACACGCUGCGGAUCCUGCAGGACUUCAGCAGCGAGCCCGGAUCCAACGCGUCCUCCCGAGCCCUGGACCGGCUCCCUUUGGACGGGGCGCCGGCCCCGGAGCCGCCGGGCCCGCGGGGCGACAGGAGCAGACUCUUCCUCCAGGGGCCGGCGGCGGCCCGGCUCGGUCCAGCCCGGGGUUCGAGGCUGGCGCUCCUGUUUGAGCAUCCCCUCUAUAGACGAUCUGUGCCGCCGCUCACGGAGGAAGACACGCUGUUCAACGUGAACACGGACAUCAGGUUCGACCCCAAAGCGGCGGAGGACCAGGCGUGGACCGGCGAGGGCGCCGAYGACGAGCCGAGCCCGACGGGCGAGCUGACGGCCGAGUCGUACCCCAACUGGCUGCGCUUCCACAUCGGGAUCAACCGCUACGAGCUGUACGGCCGGCACAGCCCGGUGGUGGAGGCGCUGCUCAGGGACCUGCUGACCCAGAGGAUCACCAGCGUGGGUGAGUCCACACGACCUCUGACCUUUCAUGCUGGGCGUUUUGAGUCACGCAGACUGUUUCUGGUAGGAACUAAGACGUGGAGCCCGGGUUCCACCGGAUCCCCACAACGGCAGUCGGGGGGCGGAGCCUGGGCCCACACGCUCAGGGGUCGUUUUUUUGACAUUGAGCUGCAGGUUCAUGCUGGUUCUGUGCUGAUCAGCGUUGCUCCAUCGUCCCUCAGCGUCUCCUGUCCUUCUGUCUCUGUGUCCAACAGGAUCCUGGACUUCCGCCGAGUCCCUCCAGUCGCCGGCCGGCUGCUCAACAUGACCAAAGAGAUUCGAGACGUAACCAGAGACAAGAAGCUGUGGAGAACCUUCUUCAUUUCCCCAGCCAACAACGUGUGUUUCUACGGUGAAUGCUCCUACUACUGCUCCACUGAACACGCGCUGUGUGGGAAACCCGACCAGAUCGAAGGCUCGCUGGCCGCCUUCCUGCCCGACCUCGCCCUGGCCAAGCGCAAGACCUGGAGGAACCCCUGGAGGCGCUCCUACCACAAGCGCAAGAAGGCAGAGUGGGAGGUGGACCCGGAUUACUGCGAGGAGGUGAAGCAGACGCCGCCGUACGACAGCGGCUCGCGGCUGCUGGACGUCAUGGACAUGACGGUCUUCGACUUCCUGAUGGGAAACAUGGACCGGCACCACUACGAGACGUUUGAGAAGUUCGGGAACGAGACUUUCAUCAUCCACCUGGACAACGGCAGAGGCUUUGGGAAACACUCCCAUGAUGAGACGUCCAUCCUGGCUCCGCUGCUGCAGUGCUGCAGGGUCAGGAAGUCCACCCACCUGCGUCUGCAGCUGCUGGCGAAGGAGGAGUACAAGCUGUCGGUUCUGAUGGCCGAGUCCAUGACGCGGGACCGGCUCGACCCGAUUCUCAUCCAGCCUCACCUGGACGCCAUGGACCGCCGCCUGCGCCUGGUGCUGAAGGCGCUGUCCGACUGCAUCGACAAGGAGGGCUACGGCUACGUGGUGGAGAACGACCUGCAGGGGGCGCCGGGGGCCCGCGGCGGCCCCAGGACGAGGUAGCCAGGGGUCUGGGUCCGACCCACUCCCAGGAGAACCGACUGGACCGCGACCUGAAGCCCAAACCGAGCCAGAACCACCGGGUUUCACCUGGACUCCUUCAAAUCAACAUGUAGCUUAGAACCAACCGGGUCAAACCCAGAACUUGGGUUCUGGUGACGGAGUCUGGCCCAAUUCAGAGAAUCCUGAACUUCCAAACUCACUUCCUUAGUGCGAACUGCAGACUUUUACCACAGAAGAAGAGUUGGAUCAAAAUGAGGUUAUUUUGUAAACUUUGUUUUUUAAUCCUAUUUUUGCUGAUUCUGCCGUGUCAGCGUCUUAUCGGAGGGUUCUGGUGGGAGUACUGGUUUACUCCCGGAUCAUCUUCUCUCUAAGCUUUUACUUGACAGCGUAUUUAUUAAAGUUUAUAUUUAUUGUUUGCCAAAAUGAUGUCCAUCAGAACAGCGUAGUUCUCUGAGUGGCCACCAGGGGGCAGCAGGUGAGAGUUGAACCACAUGUGAGAUGACCCGGUUCUGGUGUCUGAUGCUGGUUCUGCUUCCUGCAGCAGCUGAUCUGUUGCCUCCGACUCGCCUCUGGCUGGACGUUCAUAUAUUCAGUAGGAAACUCUAGUGCCUGUGCAAUGAUACAAAUACUUGAAUGUGUGUUUUGCUAGCUGCGGGUUCUUUGUGUGUCCGGUUCUGUGUCCGGUUCUGUGGCGGUUCUGUGGCGGUUCUGUGGCGGCCUCAGCAGGGUGAGUGGCUGAAAUCACGCAGAACGUGGUUCUACAGUGAAAAAGCUUCUUUUGAUUUUCUUUCUCUCUUUGUUUUUAUUUCAUUUCUUCUUCUUUCUUUGCAUCUUGGUAUCAGUGCAA